CUGGAUUAGAAAUUCAAAAAAAUGAAGCAAAUAAUUUAUUAUACCAAGAUGUAAAUGCAAGAACUAAAUUAUAUGAAGAUCUAAAUAUAAAAAGUAAAAAAUUAGAAGAAAAAACUGAAUUAUAUAAAAACCUAAAAGAAAACAGAAGGUUGUAUGUAGCGAGAGCUAAUAAUGCAUCACAUAAUGCAGCUGAUGUACAUAGUUUAAAAAUAAUGGAAUAUUUCCAUUGUUUACUACCUACAGAUAUAAGUUUUAAUAUUUUCUCAGAUGACAAUUUAUUUAGAGACCUUAAUAGAGGUGACCACUUUGGGAAACGAAGGGUUAUUCAAAAUCCUCCUCCAAAAAAACAGAAUAAGAUUAAUAAGACUAACAAUAAAAAAGAUGUUAGCAUGGAUCAAACAC